UUCGUUUGGCCCAGUAGGUGGCAGUAAUGCAGCGAUUAUCGGUGUUUCUUGAAGAACAAGAACCUCCCCUGAACCUUGGCAACAUCUGGGCAUUUGUGGACCACCGCAGAACUGCCAAAUAAGAGAGCGCGAUAAAACACUGAUAACAGAGCAACAUGUGUGCCGACAGAAGGUGGUCAGCCGAUGAGGAGCAGUCCUCGAAGUUGAUGCGGAAAGCGAAAGAGUCGCCGUUUGUGCCAGUUGGCAUGGCCGGGUUCCUCGGAGUUGUUGCGUAUGGACUGUAUAAGCUGAAAGCCAGAGGUGACACCAAAAUGUCCAUCCAUCUGAUUCACAUGCGUGUUAGAGCACAGGGUUUUGUGGUUGGAGCCAUGACACUGGGUGUGAUAUACUCCAUGUAUAAAGAGUACCUGGCCCCGAGAGAUCCUGAAGAGAAGUGAGCUGGGAGUGACUCUGCAGAGCUUCUGAAGAUCUGAAAUAGUUUAUCUUUAUUCAACAGAAAGCAGUUAAACUGUUGGACAGUAAGUGCAGAUGACAAACGGGAACAAAGGCACUACAACCUGACUCUCAUUAGGACCAGGUGGUGUUAAUUAUAAUUAUAGCUAUAAUUACUUAUAGUGAUUAGACCUACUUUAAUGCAGAUCUUUACACAUUAGAGACAUCAUUUUCUAUUUAUGUGAGAAUAUUUUGUUACUAAAGUAUAUGUAAAGUAUUACAUAUAUUUGUGCUCCUGGUCAAAUGCCAUGUUGAUUCAUUGAUUUGCCCAGUAAAGAUGAUCUCUAUUUCCAAUAUUUUAAAUAGAAAAUUGUAGUAAAAAUGAUUAUAUUUGUGUUCUCUAUAGAGGAUGUGUUCACAUAUUUUCACUUCAGCAAAACAUGCUAUUUGACCAGGAUUGUUCAAACUUUUGCUUACAUCCGUUUGUGAGCAGCAUUUUGUAUUUAUUGAUCUGGCAUUUGGAGGAGGGGGGACUGAUUUUAUAUUUGUAUUUCACAUUUUGUUUAAAAACCCUUAAGGCUAUCCCCACACAUUGCCCAACCAACACUUAAAAUGUUGUAUAAAAACCAUGAAUUAAGGUAUACAAUAUAUUACCAAAAAAUACUUAAGUGACUAUAAUAUUUACAGGAAAACAUCAUGAUCACUAAAAUCUCUGGAAUAUUCUUGAUGACUCAUCAGUUUCUGGUUAUACAAAUAAAUACUGAAUAUUGACUUUGUAUUGGAAUAUUAAUAUGAAUAUGCCUUAUAAUAUACAAGUGCUCUACAUGUAGUCCUGACUACAUCUGCAUCAUUUCUAGCUGUUGAUUGAUACAUCAACUUAUUAGCAAUUAUGUGGUAAGGCAAUAACUACAGGGGAAUUCCACCAACUUUUCAAAUUCUCUGCAUAAUUAAAUGGUUAAGAUGGAAACAGAGUUGUUUAGAGUGGUUUACAUUUGCUAUUUUUGUCUACUUAUAAUGUUUGUGGUUUUAUGUAUCAGAAGCAUUCAUAAUUUAGUUGUACAUGUCUAUUACGACCUCUCAUCCCUUAAAAUUAAACAGGCCUUUUCUGUACCUGUGACUUUAAGACUGAUAAAUGUAAAUAAGCUCUGUUUGGAUUAGCUGCCCUGGACUGUGCCUCAUUUAGAAAGCUGAAACACUCCUUAUAGCUUCAGAGAGUGGGCUGAAUAGGGUGGAUAUAUAUGGAUUUUCACAUCACAAAAACAAUAAGUAUUGACAGCUUAAUUUCCAUAUACCCACGAUAUGGACUGAUGAAAAGAAGGGAUGUUUCACAACAUUGAACAAUGUUUACUUACAUCAAACUCCUAUUUCAUAAACAAAAAGCAAUGUUAGAUUUUUUUUCAUGAUAUGGGCCCUUUAAUGCCUUUAAAAGCUUUCUCCUAAAGUUAUUACAUGAAAUGGUUAUAAAUACACUGUCAGAUGUCUGAGACAUUGUUUUAUGAUGGGUUUUAAGUUCUUAAAACUAUUCAUGGUACAGCGAUACAAAACAUGCAGGGUGUUGUGAAUACUUAGCAUUUCAGAUUCUCCACUAUUUACCCAUCCUCAGUCCAUAUAAUCUCAGAAGACAUGUGUAGGUUCACUGGUGGUUUUGGAUAGUAAAUAAAAUGUCUAUAUUUGUGUUGUAGUCAUGGUGACCCCUGGUUCCUAUCAGCACCACUGUAAAGAAAACUGAACCAUUUCACACCAAACCACACUGAACCACUCUGUUUACAUCUUACUCAAUUGUGCAGAAGUUAAACAUCACAGUUAAAUGUAUUGGUUUUGUUUGUAAUUAUCAGCAUUGCUAAUAUCUACCUGGCAUUUCAAUGUAAUUUAAACUCACUGUCAUUA